UAAAGGCAUCAUCGCAGCCAUUAGAGGGAAAAGUUGCAGCGCGGCGAGCCCGGUGAAGUCCUCCAGCCCGCCCCCCUUGCCCACUCCCCACUUCCCGAGCUGGCUCGGCGUUUAGGGAGGGCAGUGAUCACGCAAGCCGGAGCAGCGGGCUGACGUUGGACGAGCUGCCAGGGCUUUUUGGCUGUCGGCUACACUGAUGUGACCCCCCCUCCCCUUUUUGGAAUGAUGGGGAUCUUUUUGGCGUAUGUUGGAUUUGUUUUCUUUUCCGUUUUAUAUGUACAACAAGGGCUCUCUUCUCAAGCAAAAUUCACCGAGUUUCCGCGGAACGUGACAGCGACCGAGGGGCAGAAUGUGGAGAUGUCCUGCGCUUUCCAGAGUGGCUCUGCCUCGGUGUACCUGGAGAUCCAGUGGUGGUUUCUGCGGGGGCCCGAGGACCUGGAGCCCGGGGCCGAGGUGGCUGGUGCGCAGGUGGAGCUGGUGCCCGACCGAGACCCGGACAACGACGGGACCAAGAUCAGCACAGUGAAAGUCCAAGGCAAUGACAUCUCUCACAAGCUUCAGAUUUCCAAAGUGAGGAAAAAGGAUGAAGGCUUGUAUGAAUGCAGGGUGACAGACGCUAAUUACGGAGAGCUGCAGGAACACAAAGCCCAGGCCUACUUGAAAGUCAAUGCCAACAGCCAUGCUAGGAGGAUGCAGGCCUUCGAAGCUUCGCCCAUGUGGCUGCAGGAUAUGAAGCCUCGCAAGAAUGUCUCAGUGGCCAUUCCCAGCAGCAUCCACAGCUCUGGCAACCAGCGAAUGCACUCCACCUCCAGCCCUCAAGCGGUAGCCAAAAUCCCCAAACAAAGUCCACAAUCAGCAAAGAGCAAAUCGCCUGUAAAAUCUACGGAGCGGACAGCAAAGUUGACCCUAAACUCCAAGCACCAUUCUGCACCCACUGUUCUCUAAUUACCUACCCAAGGAGCGCCUGCUUCCGGAAGCAUAAACGAAGAGGCUAUCACACGCUUUGUUCAUAACAUUUUCUUGGGCAAAUCACUGAUCUUUUAUUUCAAGAAAAUUAGUGUGAAGUGAUAGGACAUUUUCUAAUAGCAAGAUCUAUUUUUUGUUUUCUUUUUUUCUCUUCUUUCGGCUGCUUAAAGCAUCAUCUCGCUGACUGCUCAGGGGUUGGCCCGAACGUCAUCGAUAUAGUAAAUAUUUCCUACGGAUACCACUGAUUUCCUACUAAAAGACACAUUAUCUGCAGGAAGGAAACAGAAAUCAAAAAGCUACAGAACAUAAGCUAUCAUCAAACGAAAUCCCCAUCUUGGGGCAACAACAAAAUCAUCAACACUGCGUGUCAACAAGGAGAACGUUAUUUUAAAUAAGACAUGAUAAAAGAAGGAUUUUUUUUUAAUUUUCUUUUUUUUUCCCUUGGAUUUUUUUUUCUCCUUCUUCUUGAUUAUAGUUUUUGUUCAAUGGUGGCAAGUGCUGAUUACGGCCAAUCCCUGUCAAUCCUGGGAGGUUUAUAUAAAUACAUUUUGAGUGUUCUAUAUUUCAAUGUAUUUUAAUUCAUUUUGCAAUUCCUGUAUAUGCAAACUUGACAAAUUCUGUAAAUUGCUUCUAGUAUGUGUGAUAUAACUUCAAAGUAGGUAGACUAUGACCCUCAUGCAAGCUGAUUUUUAUCAUUAUAUAUAUAAAUAUAUACAUAUAGAGAUCUAUAUGUUGGGUCACCAACCAACUUUUUUUAGAUAACACAUUUGUUUUUCACUUAUAAUUCAUAUAUUGGUGUGAAUUUUGUAAUGCAUUGUUUCACUUCCACAGGUCUGACAGCUGCAGGUGGUCUCUGUUGCCCUCUGCUUCCUUCUGGAAAAUGCAUAUUCAAAAUUGUAUUGGUCUCUGAUAAAUGAAUUACUUUUGUUGUGUGUAUGCUGUGUUGAAAUUUGCUAUGUUCCUUUAUAUAUGGUGUUUAUUGAGGUUUGAGGGUCUCUUGACUCUGAAGAAUGUACACUUUCUGGUUUUGACAGCUAUCCCCACAUGAUUAUCAUCAUUAUUGUUUUCAAAAAGCAAUGUUGCUUCUAGAAAAUUUGCCUUGGAGGUGAAUGUGGAGAAGGUGAAGUGGUCACCAUGAUUCCCUAAAUUCAUGGAACAACACUUCUUGCUGUAGCUAAAAAUGCUGCUUCCUUUGACCUUUAUGAAUUUUUGUAGAUUUGUCAUUCUGUUAUUUGCUGCUAAUUAUAUUUUAAUGCCUCCUAAUUAAAAAUUAAAAUUUGGUUGUUGGCUAAAUAUAAUAUGCAAAAGAUGACUGCGAGUCUCCAACUAAAGAAGAUAAUGUGUUCAAGUUUUCCCUGGUUAAGUGAAUUACAAUUUUAAAUAUUUCUUUCUUAUUUUUUGGCUUUAUGAUAAUUCAGAUUAUUUCAUUUGGAAACUGUUUUCUACUCUGGCAAAGAAUGAUAGGCAAAACUACUAAUGUGCUCCAUAUACACUAUGGAAUACGUACAGGUUGAGAUAGAAAUGACCUAAGUUUUCCUUCCAGAGAGAUUCUUCCAUUCCCUUUCAUAACAAAACCAGAAGAUCAUCUCUGUAGGACCAGUAACUGGCAGGCUGAGGUCCUAAACUGAAGCUUGAAGGCAAUGAAUACCUCUGCUUUUCAAAGGUAAAUGCAUUGAUUUUCCUGCACUUCAAUUACAAGCAAUGCACAUAUUUUCAUAUUAUCUUAACAUUAUCUUUGAGAAAUAAUGUUUCAGGCUAAAACUUUUAUUGACAUUUUUCUUGUCCAUUUGGUUUAUUAUUUCAGUCUAAUGAGAAAAAUAAAUAAAGGAUUUGAUUGCGCUAUUUUAUUAACCUAGAAAUUUAUUUUCUUUCAAAAUUUAAUACUUCAAAUGCAUAAAUUAAUGGUAAGGUAAAUAUUAAUUGAGUCUAUCUGGCCUCUAAAGAUCACAUACAUUCAAGCGUAAUUUAGCAUACUGAUUCUAAUUCAGUCAGGCUGGGAAAAUCCACCAUGUAAUUUUUUUACCCAAAGUUCAGAUCAUGAGAUUGGUCAACUCUAAAGCAAGACAGAUGUGUAUCUGUUAUCAAUGAUGUUUACCAUGCUCGCUCGUAAUAAAGGAUAUAUGCUGGCUUGGGAA